UUACUGGCACCCGUAGAAAUGACGAGGAAUGUGAUGAUGAUGUAAUAUGUGUGUGACUGGUGAAGUCAGCCUGUAGUCCAAUCUCGUGCUUCUCCGUCAGGAUGAAAGAGCAUGCGGUUUACUGCGAUUGUGAAGAAAAUAACAGCGCACACUAGAAGAUGAGAACGAGAGCAGCAAAAACAUGUCAUGUCAUCCGCCCAGGGACCCAGGUUAAAGACGUGAUCAUUAAACCUGAUGCUCCAAACACGCUCCUCCUAGACAAGCAUGCCGACUAUAUUGCAGCCUAUGGCUCCAAGAAGGAUGACUAUGAGUACACGCUGUCAGAGUACUUGAGAAUGAGUGGCAUCUACUGGGGUCUGACAAUUUACUGCUGCACAGGUUUCUUGUCGAUCACUGGGCAGCUUCAUCAAGUAAAUGCGGAUCUGUUGGGUUGGUGGCUCUGUGAAAGACAGUUACCAUCAGGAGGCUUGAAUGGGAGACCAGAGAAACUGCCUGAUGUCUGCUAUUCCUGGUGGGUUCUUGCCUCUUUGAAGAUCAUUGGCAGAAUUCACUGGAUUGACAAAGCAAAACUGCGCAGUUUUAUUCUUGCUUGCCAGGAUGAAGAGACUGGAGGCUUCGCUGACAGGCCUGGAGAUAUGCAUGUUGAGAAUAAUUGUAUUCUUUGA